GUAGUACAUAAUAAAAUCAAUUUCCAAUUUCGAAAUGAACGUCAUAUUUUUCAAAUUACAUGUCAUUUAAACAUUCAUAUGAUUGAGCAUAACAAUUUAGUGUUCCACGGCUAACAACUUAAGAAUACUUUUAGAGGCUGAUUUAGGGAUACUAAUAUCAAAAAUUUCAAUAGUAGUUUCACUUCUAUAAUAAUGCUUCGUGACUAAAACUAACUAAAACGUAGAAUUAUAAGCAGCGGAAAUAACUCUUAGGUUAGUGUGGGAUAAAUCUUCAGUUAUUAUUUAUAAAAACGUUAAAAGAUAUGACAUUAAAAUGAAAAAACACAUGAUAUUUAUUAUCUCACUCUGUUGAAGAAGAUUUUAAGGAUUUGAAAAAAGCAAGUGUUCAAUGUGCUUCUGUAAAUAUACUAUUCUUUAUAGUAAAAGUGAUUUAAAAAAAUGAUGAAAUUAAUAUUUUAAAGAUGUAAAAAUCUUUGUAUAAGUAAUUGCAAGUUAAAAAGAAUAUGAGAAAAAUGUUUAUAUAUACCCUAUAGUUCAUUCCUAAUGGAUAAUGUCAACAAAAAGAAAGAAUGAAAUGAAAUUUAUUUAAAUCAGUAUUGGAGAAUAUCAUCAACAUUUAAGUACAUGAUGUCACAAAAAUGUGAUGUGUGUUCAAUGCACUUUCAAGAUGAGUAUUCUUUACAAGGUCACCUUGGUGGUAAAAGACACUUACAAAAGGUUCAACAAUUAGAAGCGAUAGAAAGAUCAAUAUUCAUAUCACCAUUACCAAAAUUUAUUUCUCCACAUGCACUUAUUGAGUUUUUUAAAAAAUAUGGUGCCAUCAAAGGGCAUGAGAUUAAUGAAAGUUAUCUUUUUAUUGAAUUUGCAGAUAGAACCUCCACUGAAGCUGUUUUAAGUAAUCCAGUUUGGAUAUAUAAUGUAAAACUCAAUAUAAAGAGAAGAAUAUUUCAUAGGAAUCCAAAGAAUCCAGAAACAAAAAAAGCAAAUAGUCCAAUAGAAAAUACGGGCGCAAUAUGUUAUAAUAAUGUGAAACAUAUAUUCGAGAAAGAUACUACAUUUCAUAACCAGUUAGUGACAUUUUUAAAUACAAUUCAACUUACCGAUGCCGAAAUUGAAACAAGAUAUGAAUCUGUUUGUAGUCACUUGGAUAAGAUAUUUAAGGUUGUAUUUCCAAAGUGUAAAACAUAUAAAUUUGGAUCAACUCAAACAGGCUUGGGGUUUAAAGAAUGUGAUUUGGACAUAUACAUGGAUAUUGGUGAACCAAUAAUUGAAUCUACAAAUGCAUCAACAAAUAUGUGGACUAUGCAGAAAAUUUUUAAGGAAGUUAGAAGAAUUAUGUUUAGAAUGUCUUGUGUUUUUUCUAACAUAAUAUCAAUUCCGAAAGCUAAAACACCAAUUAUCAAAUUCUGUUAUGUUAAAAAAAAUAUUUCUUGCGACAUAUCAUUUAAAAAUAGUUUAAGUAUUUAUAAAAGUAAUCUAAUAAAAUAUUACAUUUCUCUUGAUAGUAGGGUAAAGCCGUUAAUGAUGCUUAUUAAGUAUUGGGCAAGAAAUUUUAAAAUAUCGGGCUCUGGAAAAAUGUCUAAUUAUGCUUUGGUUUUGUUGAUUAUUUUUUAUCUUCAACAGCCAUCGGUAAAAAUUAUUCCUCCACUAUUGGAGCUUCAAAAAACUUGUCGACCACAAAUUAUAAACGGAUGGCAGGUUAAUUUUGAUAAAAAUACAAAAUUACCACCAAUUACAAAUAAUAGCAGCAUUCCAGAACUUCUUUAUGGUUUCUUUUCAUUUUAUACAACUUUUAAAUAUAAAUCUCAAAUAAUUUGCCCAUUAGAUGGAAAGAUACAUACAGAAUUAGAAUUUAAAGAUGUGGACAGUUUGCCACCAUAUAUGGAUAGGUAUAAACCAUGUUUCACGGAGGAUGAGAAUUUUAAACUGAAAAUAAAUAGAGACAUGUGUGUCCAAGACCCUAUUGAACUUAAUCAUAAUGUUACAGGAGGCACACCAUUUUCAACACUGGAUACUUUCAUUCAAUAUUGUGCGAAUGGUGCUGCGAUAUGUACAGAGACGAGUAAAAAUGAUUAUAAAAAUUUACUAAAACUUCUUCUUAGUACAAUCGUAAAAAGAAAAGCUGCUGAUAACAUAUGUAAAAUUACAAUUUCUGCAAAUCAGAAAACAUGUAUAAUUUUUUCAAAAAAGCCAAAACUCACGAACAGUGAUUGGUAUUUUACAGCUUUCAAUAUGGUGAAAGAUAUUUUUGAAAAAGUUUUUAAAGUACAAGUUGCAUUUUUAACUGCUGAUGUGGAAUCAAAGCAACAAAGAAUUGAUAUAUCAGAUGUGCAUACUGAAAAGUAUGAAAAAAUUAUACUUCAUUGCAAUGGUUCUCACUGUGUAUGGCGUAAUAGGAAAAUUAAAGGCAUUAUAUUAGAUCCUAGUAUAAGUUGCUUAGAAAAGGAAGCACUCAUAUCUGAUCAAGUAAUAGAAAAUCAAGAAAAAGAAAAAUCUGUGAAUAGAAUAAAUUUAGACUUUGUCUGCACAUUUGAAAAAAACUUAAAUCCUCUACAAAUUAUUUUAACUGUAAGUAAUCAAAAUACCGACGAGAAUAUUUUUCAACAAUUUGCAAUUUUUGCUAAGUCGAAAUUAGUUCACAUAAUACAACGAGCAUGGACUACUAAAAAUGUAUGUAUCUUCUAAACAUGUAUUACGUGCACAAUUAUGGACCAAAGAUGUUGUGUAACUUUUUGAACUUAUUGGAAAGUGCAUUUUCGUCAUUUAAUGUAAUACAUGUUUUUUGUUGUUGUAAACUUCGCGAUGAAGUAGUACAAAUUAUUAUUUAAAUUAUUUUUUCUAACUUUAUGUGACAUUAACAUCCAUAAUUAAAUGUAAAUAAAACUUAUGAUACAUAUAUUAUAAAUAUUAUCUUAUUCUACUACACCUGUGCUAUUGUAUUAUUGCCAAAUUAUUUAAGAAAAUUAUAUAUUAAUAAUAUACAAGGUAUAAAAUAUUACUAUGUAAUAUAUAAAAUUUAUGGCAAAAUGUACUUAGCAUAAUCAUUUUUGUAAAAUAAAUUCAAAUCUUUCUAUACGCAGUUAAUAGAUGUAAUAUGCAAUUGAUUUCAUGUACUUAAAUAUUUGUAUGGCAUAUAAAGAAUUUGGUCUUAUCUUCAAAAAUUGUAUAGAAUUAAUGUCUUUAAGCUAACAUUUAAAGAGUAUCUAUAACUCAUAAAUGAGUCGAGUUUAUUGCAAAUUAUCUAAGAAAUUCAUUUAACGUUCUUAGAACAACUUUACCUU